GAAGCCGUAUCGUUAACUGAACUUCCGGGUUGCGAUUGUGAUUGCACGUUCGUGCUGGAGGUCACUUUGCUAUAAUAGAAAAGCAGUAGUCAUGGGUGGGGAUCACGGACAUGGCAAGCUGUCCAUGCCGGACUACAAAGUGUGGAAGUGGGAAGGAACGCCGCUGGAAGCCACCCAGCAGAGACUCGCUCGGAGAGGACUCCGGGACCCCUGGGCUCGGAAUGAGGCGUGGAGAUAUACGGGCAGCUUUGGUGUCCCAGUUACCUUCCGAAAUGUUCUCCUCCGUGGAUUUAAGACAGGAUUCGCAGCGUUUGCAGUGGCACUGGCAGUGGAGUAUGCUUUCUUCCCUCCAAAGAAGUCUGAGCACUAAUAGCGUGGCUAAAGCUCAGCUGAACCAGUCGCCGCCGGACUCUGUGUUUGCUGCAGGUGUUCAGCCUGUUGUUGUCUAACCAUGAGGACAUUAGCCUAUGAAAGGCUUCCUAAUACCUGUGUUCAUUCAUCGUUAUGAUUCCCAUGACUAGUAUGUAAAAUAAAUAUAACUUAAUUGAA